CAACUUUCGAGAUCCCCGACUAACGACUCAGCUUUCUAUAGAAUCCAUUCUCGAAUCACAUAGCGAUCAUGUCUUCAGAACAACUCAGCGCUGGCUCACUCUUCAGCCUCAAUGGCCUUGUCGCGGUCGUGACAGGCGGAGGUUCAGGCAUCGGCCUCAUGUUCGUCAAGGCGUUACUCCAGAAUGGUGCCGCAAAGGUCUACAUCGCUGGUCGAAGGAAGGAAAAGCUCGAUGAAGUCGCCAGCUCAUUGGGCGACAAGGUCGUUGGGGUUCAGUGCGACGUCACCUCCAAGUCAGAUCUGCAGAACAUGGUCUCUCAGAUUGAGAAGGACAUUGGGUACGUCAACCUGUUGGUGUGCAACUCUGGUAUUGGAGGACCUCAGGUGAAGCCAAUUACUCCCGAAACAACCUUGGAAGAAUGGGCCAAGUCCAACUUUGACACUGAUUUCGGCGAUUAUGUCAACACUUUCGCCAUCAAUACCGCGUCGGUUUGGUUCACCAGCAUGGCUUUUCUCCCACUUCUAAAGAAGGGCAACGAGAAGGGAAAUGUCGAGCAGACGUCACAAGUCAUUGUUACCAGCUCCAUCGCCGCAUUCAACAAGAAAGCCCCCGGCGGUUGGGCAUACGGGCAGUCCAAGGCUGGAGCUGUUCUAGCAGCCAAGCAGCUUGCCGUUGCCCUUCCCCAGUGGAAUAUCAGAGCCAACUGCAUUGCUCCUGGAUUAUUCCCCAGCGAGAUGUCAGAACCAAUUGUCAAGAUGUAUACCGACGAGUCAGGACAGCCUGGUGCCGUGCCAACGUCAAUGGCACCGCUUCGAAGAAUGGGAGAUGAGAAGGAUAUGUCAGGAACUUUUCUAUAUCUAGCAUCUCGGGCGGGUGGAUAUUGUAACGGCACAGUUAUAGUCGUCGAUGGCGGUCGCUUGAGUAACUUUCCGACCACGAAUUAGGACAAGUUCUUGGAUCGCAGGACAAGAUACAUUAAGUACAAAGCUA